AUGGUAAAGAAGCCAGAGUACCCGUCCUUCUAUUUCGUCGAGCUCGUGUCCAUCAACAUCGGCGGCUACGUCUUGCCGGUGCCGCCGUCCCUGUUCACGAACGGGGGCACCCUCCUCGACUCCGGCACGAUCCUUACGUACCUCCCCGCGGCGGCCUACACCUCGCUCCGCGACCGGUUCAAGUUCACCAUGAAGGGGAACAAGCCGGCGCCGGCAUACGACAUCCUCGACACGUGCUAUGACUUCACCGGCCAGAGCGCCAUCUUCAUACCGGCGGUGUCCUUCAUAUUCAGCGACGGCGCCGUGUUCGACCUUAACUUCUACGGGAUCAUGAUCUUCCCAGACCCAAGCAAGCCGGCCAUCGGGUGCCUCGCGUUCGUCUCGAGGCCGACGGCCAUGUCAUUCAGCAUUGUCGGCAACACACAGCAGCGGUCGACGGAGGUGAUCUACGAUGUUACAGCGCAGAAGAUCGGUUUUGUCCCGUUCAGUUGCUGA